UGCUCUCGUUUACACGGUCAGCAUGGUAGGCUUUUUGAUUCUGGUGUGGAUAUGCAUCUUUCUCGUCUUUCUUUUUAUCCGGAUCUCGAAACCUCAGAACUUUCCCCCCGGACCACGUCCUCUCCCAUUAUUUGGGAAUUUGCUCGAGCUGAACAUUAACAAUCCUUUGAAUGACUUUAAGAGGCUGGCAGAUCGCUAUGGAAAUGUUUAUAGUCUGUACAUUGGAUCAAGACCUACAGUGGUAAUUAAUGGAUGUGAGGCUUUGAAGGAAGCUCUUGUUAAUAAGGCUGUGGAGUUUGCUGGACGCCCACAAGAUCUCAUGGUCAACCAUAUCACAGAGAGAAAAGGUGUAAUUUUGGCUGAUUAUGGACCUGGUUGGAAAGAACACAGACGGUUUGCCCUUAUGACUCUGAGAAACUUUGGCCUUGGGAAACAAUCUAUGGAGGAGAGAAUUCUGGGAGAGAUCUUGCAUGUAAUUGCCAAAUUGGACAAAAUUGUUGGAAGCUCUUUUGAUCCUCAAACUAUGUUCCACAAUGCUGCAUCUAAUAUCAUCUGCACUGUUCUCUUUGGAUCCCGGUAUGAUUACAAUGAUGAAUUUCUCAAGCGUUUUAUUCACCUGUUCACAGAGAAUGCGAAGAUUGCUAAUGGACCAUGGGCCAUGAUAUAUGAUUCCUUUCCUUUGCUGAGAAAUCUGCCCCUGCCCUUUAAGAAGGCCUUCAAAAAUGCAUUUAUAGCCAAACAAAUGUCUGGAAAUCUGGUCAAAGAGCACAAAAAGACAAGAGUCCCAGGAGAGCCGAGGGACUUCGUUGACUGCUAUUUGGAUGAGCUUGACAAGAGAGGAAAUGAUGGUUCCACCUUUGCUGAAGCCCAACUUGUCCUGUACGUUCUGGAUUUGCACUUUGCAGGGACUGAUACCACUUCCAACACCCUGCUCACUGCUUUUCUCUACCUCAUGACUCACCCUGAAGUUCAGGAGAGAUGUCAGCGAGAGAUUGAUGAAGUUCUGGAUGGAAAAGAUCAGGCGUCUUAUGAUGACAGACACAAUAUGCCGUACACACUCGCUGCGAUUCAUGAGGUUCAGCGCGUCGCUAACACUGUACCGCUCAGUGUGUUUCACUGCACCACCAAAGACACAGAGUUGAUGGGCUACAACAUCCCAAAGGGAACUCUCAUAAUUCCUAAUCUAACUUCUGUUCUGAAAGAAGAGGGCCAGUGGAAGUUUCCUCAUGAGUUUAAUCCAGCCAACUUCCUGAAUGAUCAGGGCCAGUUUGUGAAGCCUGAGGCCUUUAUGCCCUUCUCUGCAGGUUCUCCUUCUUCUGUUUUUGGUGAUUCACAAGUGCAUAUUGCCCCCUACUGGACAGGGAGGAGAAGUUGACUGAUAUUGAUCUGUUGCUCACCUACACCUAUUAUAUCGUGUUUGAACUCAUGGAUUUAUCCACUGAAGUCUUUGGAUUACUUCUAUGCUCCCUCUAUAUGGAUUUUGGAGCUUCGAAAUAUUGGCACCCAUUUACUCACAUUGUGAGGACCUACAGAGCUAAGACAUUCUUCUAUUAAUCUUAAUUUGUGUUCUGCAGAACAAAGAAAGUCAUACACAUCUGAUAUGCCAGGAGUCUGAGUGAAUAAUGAGAUCAUUUAAAUUUUUGGCUGAACUAUCCCUUUAAGUGCAUCAAGUGCUUCAAUAAAAAUAAUUUACAAAAUGUUUCCUUUAAAUAAAUAUAUGCUAUUAUCUUGUAUUUACAUUUAUGCAUUUGGCAGAUGCUUUUAUCCAAAGCGAAUUAUUACAGGGACAAUCCCCCCAGAACAACCUGGAGUUAAGUGCCUUGCUCAAGGACACAAUGGUGGUGGCCGUGGGGUUAGAACCUGUGAUCUUCUGAUUAACAGCCCUGUGCUUUAGCCACUACACCUAUUUAAAUAGUAUUUUCACAUGGUGAAUCAGUUGUGUAUGUUGGAUGCCUGAAAUGAGGCAAAGUCCCUUCUCUGUAUUUAUUUUAUUUUGUUUUAAUCCAAUAUAAGCUAAUGUUCUCUUUGGACAAAAGUGUCUCUUAAAUUUACCAACUGUACAUUUUCCUGUGAUAUUUGAUGUUUCAACAGUGUCUGUGUUAAAGGCAGAUGGAACUAUAAACAAACAACAAAUGGCCUGAUUUAAUAUUAUAAUUUAUAUUAACACUAUUCUUUAAAACCUAGUCAAAAUAACUACAAUAAUACAUGUUGCUUUUAUUCAUUGUUCCUGGCUGUUAGUCAACAUAUUCUUAUU